AUGUGACUGCGAACGAAACCGAACCUGCUGUUGUGACUUCCCGAGUGCGGAGGGAGUGUUAUUAUGACUCCGGUGUUUACACCAGUAUAACCAUGACGUUUUUUAAUUAAAGGACGAACUACGUUUGUACAACCGAAAAGUACUUUAGGUGCAAAGGAUGGAGUAGAAAUGCGAGCUUGCAUCCACCCCUGCCACAAACAUGUGAAUGGUUACCCCAGACGACAGUAACCUAGCGACAGAGCUCACCUGAAUAUAACCUUAACCGUUAUUAUUAAAGAUGUCAGGGGGUAACUUCUUGAGCAAGGUGCGGUCCGCCUUCAGGAGGGAGAGGAGCGACUGGCACCUGAGCGACACGGCGCCCUUUGACUUCUCCGACGAGCUGGGGGAGGAUGAGACUCCCAGAUUCAACAAGCUCAAGGUCGUGGUCUCCGGAGAGAUGUCCGACUACUCUGCCGGAGCUACGUCCAACGGGGUGGCGGUGAACACCCUGGUGGUGGCGGAUGAUGAUGAUGACUCCCUGCUCGAAUCAUCCUCCAGCCUGGGCAGCCCGGGGUUAAAUAUGGACCCUUGUGACAACUGCACCAAGAAGAGGGAGAGUAUCAAACACAAGAGGGUGAUGAAGAGGCUUGUCAUUGCAGCUUUGCUGUAUUUCCUUUUCAUGACCGGUGAAAUUAUAGGUGGUUAUGUGUCAAACAGCUUAGCCAUUAUGACUGACGCUGUGCACAUGCUAACAGAUGUGGUGGGCAUUUUGUUUUCACUGCUGGCCCUCUGGCUCUCCACCAAGCCACCCACCAAGAGAUUCACCUUCGGACUGCAUCGCCUCGAGGUGGUAUCGGCAGUCUUCAGUGUGGUGCUCAUUUAUAUUCUGACGGGUAUACUGCUCUAUGAGGCAGUUCAGAGGACGAUACACCAAGACUUCGACAUAGAUGGAGAUGUCAUGCUCAUCACUGCAGCUGUGGGGGUUGCCGUCAACCUCAUAAUGGGUUUCUUGUUAAACCAAGGUGGUCACCUCCACGGUCACUCUCACGGCCACGGUCACUCUCACGGCCACUCUCAUGGUUCUGCAGCCGGGGCAGGUCAGCAGCAGAGACAGCACGGCAGCCUGGCUGUAAGAGCUGCCUUCAUCCACGCUUUGGGAGACCUACUCCAGAGUGUCGGGGUGCUCAUUGCUGCCUACGUUGUCCGCUUCAAGCCGGAGUUUAAGUUGGCAGACCCCAUCUGUACCUACAUCUUCUCUGUUCUGGUUCUCUUCACCACAUUCCGCAUCAUACGAGACACAGUAUUUAUUUUGCUGGAGGGUGUUCCCAGGCAUCUGGACACUCUGCGAAUCAAAGAGGACCUUCUGAAGCUGGAGGAUGUCCAAUCAGUUGAUGAGCUGAAUGUCUGGGCGUUGACGGCUGACAAGACUGCAGCACUAGUGCAUCUCCAGCUCACGCCCUCUAGUGCUAACAACUGGGAGGAUGUCCAGGCUAAGGCCCGCCACCUGCUGCUUCAUACCUACGGUCUCACCAGGUGCACAGUGCAGAUCCAGACACACAGGCAGACGCCGGUACGCAGUUGUGCACACUGCCAGCAGCCCAGCGCUUAAAGAGAGACUCAUGCUUACACUGACUUCCACAGUGCAUUUUAUGGAGCCAGACAGCAGAGAACACAGUACGCAGAGGGCCUAGAUGUUGCAACUCUCACAGCUCAGUGGCACAGCAGGAGCCACAAUUGUAAGUGGAAAAAGACUGGUGCCAAAGGAUUGUUAGUGGAACAACAACAGGUGCACAUUUCUAAUUGAAGGAUCUCAACAGCCUCAAGGGCUCUUAUGUUUGAAAAGCUUUCAUAGUGGAGUUUGAAUGCUUAAAGUCUCGGCUGAGAAGAAUGAAAAUAUUGCUCUUAAUUCACCAUUAAAGCCUAUUCCAACAGGUAACUGUUUUUAUUUCACUGUUUGAUUUAUCACAACUGAUGUUUUAUCAGAUGUAAUUUUUUCUUUUUGUUACUAGGUGUGAGGACUGUUUAUCUAGAUUGUUUUAUCAUUUUAUCAUCAAGUCCGCAAACGAAAAGUUACCUCAUGUCAUUUGAUAGUAACUGUGGUCACAGUUCAUAUAAGCUGUCCUCACCACUGGCAAAAAAAACUAUAUCAUUGUGUCCCUUUAGUAGACAUUGCAUCUCAUCAAAUGCACUUAAUCAUUAAUAUUCUUCAGCCAAAGUCUUUUGUAAGGCCGGUUUUAAAAAAACAAACAACCGUAGAUAUUCUUACAGCAGUCUAUAUUGGCUGUACUGACAAACACUUAGUACACCAACACUUUUAACACUGAUAUUUUACUCUAGCAUGUCUUAACUGUAGCGAGCAGGAAACUGACAAUCCAAGUGUGACUGAUUGAAAAAAAUUAAAUGCUACAGUGGUUCGCCCGACCAGUAUUGUUUAUGUUUUACACUCUUUACUCUGCUUUUUUCAUAUCAUUGACUGACAGUAUAAUAAUGCUGACAGGUUUGGGAAAUCUUCUGUAUUGGAGAGGUUUUCAGGGAGGGAGGUGUGAGUUAAAAUGUGCCAAUAAUGAUGGUGUUUAUAGUGUUUUAGUGUUGAGAAGCCGUGGUGGGUUUAUGGUAAAGCUUUCCACAUCUGAUGUACAUCAUCAAGGGAAAUCAGGCACUGGAUCACUGUUUUUGUUUAUAAUAAAGUAUUUAAUCAUUUGUG